AUGAUGGAAGAUGAAGUGCAAAAUUUGCUGAAACUCACAAGUGAAGAUUUUUACAGAAACGUUGAAGAGCAAUAUGGGAAAAAUGUUGUAAAAGUUCUAAAACAUCAUGAUAUCGAUAGUUAUUUUAUUUUGGGUGAAACUGAUGAAGAUUCAUUAUUUAGUGUAUUUGAAAAUCCAAAUGAUGAAAAUUCUUCAGAUGAACUGAUUAGUCUGAAGAAAGACAUUUGUAAUUUUAUUGGUGAAAAAGUAUCAUUAAAAAUCGGAACAAAAGGAAAACUUAUUAUAUUGUUGAAUGAGGCUCGUGCCAUUAUUCAGAAAAAAAAACAACAACUAUUAGCUGAAAAAAGAUUUAAUCGUCAUAAUAAAUCUCGUUCACAAUCUUCAUCAACAUGCAGUAGUGCAACUGCUGAAAUCAACUUAAAAGAAUGUUAUACAUCCAUUGAAAGAUCAAUUAUAAAACUAUUAACCAAUAUUAAUAAUAAUGUUCAUGGUGUGAUCAUGACGAAUGUAUCAUCGAAUGAUUUUAAAAUUGAUGUUAAAUGCGUCAAUGAUGAUGCUGAACCAACUUGCUUGAUCCAGUGUAUAUGUGGUGAUCGAGUGAGAUUGUAUUUUAGACAGAAUGGAUUUCAAAUAUCGAAUCUUUCAAAACAUCUAAAAUCGAUUUACAAUAAAUCAAAAAUUGUCGAGAUCAACGAAGAUCAAAAUAAAAAUGAUUCAGAAUCAUCAAAUGAUAUGAUUAUAGAUGAUGAAUCUUCAGUUAUUGAUAAACAAAAUAAUAAAUAUUCAACUAUUAAUAGUGAUACAGAUAUUGCUUCAACAUCAAUAACAAAUAGAAAAACCCUUCAUCAACAACAAAAAUCUCAAUUUGAUUCCAGCAAUGAUAAUAAUAAUGAUUCAUCAGCUGAAAAAACCAACAUCGAUAAUGAACGACAAUCGUUUCGUAUAUCGACUACAACAAGUGAAGAUGAAAGUUCCAUAUCAAUAAACAAUAAAUCACAACCAAAACAUGACACGACAGUAGAUGAACGAUUACGAACAUCUGAUCUACCAAUACAUAUUCGAUCAAUUAAAGAUUUUCGAAAACAGAAGGAUCAUGAGAGUGAUCUUUCAGAUCGAAAAAAAUCGAAACUAGAUAUCAAUAAAAAACAAUUUACAAACAAUUCAUCAGCUAAAAUCAACAAAAAAAUUCGUAAAGUUCAGGUUUACAAUAAAGCUAGCGAUGCAGACUUUUUGUUUGCCGUACUAGAAACAAUUGAUUCUAAUAGUCAUCGUCCUUCGAAUAAUUAUAGAUAUCCACAAUGUGUAUUUCGAUUUGCUACAAUUAUUGCUAUAAUAGCAGGCAGAUAUGUUUACGAAUUUCUUCGAAUGAAUCUAAGAUUUCUAUUGCCGACAAUACAAACUAUUGAAAAUAAUUGGUCUUAUCAGCCUUACAAAGAGGCUAAUUUUCGAUUUGAAGAAACUCAAACCUAUCUUAGUUCAAAUAAAUGUCAAUAUAUUUUUGUAUCCGAAGAUUGCUCUGCGAUUAUUCCUAGAAUAGAAUACGAUGCAAGUUUAGAUGUUUUUAAUGGAUUUGUUACACCAGUUUUAGAAGGUUUACCGACUGAAAAUACAUUCCGCUGCACAACAAUUCAACAAUUAAAAAAUUUAUUUGAAACUAAUCCAUAUGCUAAUUUAGUUAAUAUUCACGUAGUUCAGCCUAUUGUUGAUUCAAAUAAUGCUUUAGUUUUACCAACAACAGUUUUGGCAGCUUACGGAACCGAUCAUAAAUUAACAGCUAUUGAUAUAUUAAAAAGAUGGUUAAUAAUAUAUAAAAAAUUUUAUUCCAGAGGAAUUCGUGUAUUAGGAUUCUCCACAGAUGGGGACCCCAAGUACUUAAGAGCAAUGCGUUUAGCUGCUAACUUUUUUGUAAGAACGCAAAUAUUGAAUAUUUACAAUAAUACAUUGGCAUUUAAAGUUAAAAUUCCUUUGAAUUGGAUGUCAUGGUUUUUUCUUAGUUCUACUCAACUUUUUUUAUUCGUACAGGAUGGUGUACAUCUUUGUACUAAAAUCCGAAAUAGAAUGUUAUCGAAAAGUGCUGAAUUAACAAUGGGUAGUUAUGAAAUAUCUAUGGAGCAUUUACAUGACUUAAUAAGAUCUACAAAUAAAUUAGACCACAACUUAUCUAUAUCCGAUUUAAAUGUUAAAGAUAAACAAAACUUUGUUUCUUGUCAAAAGAUCUCAGAUGAUAAAGUAUUAAAUUUAUUGCUAUUAAAUGAUAAAUAUAGAGGUACUUAUAAUUACUUGUUAAUCUUAAACUUAUUGAUAACUGCUUAUACAGAAAGAGCGAUCGCGUUGAGUGAUCGUAUCUAUUAUGCAUCUAUUGUUUUAUUUUAUGUUCGAUUGUGGAGGAUAUGCUUACAUAUUGAAAGACCACCUCGUAAAAGUACAUUAUCAGAAAAAAAUAAAAAUAAAAAAAAAUAUCAAUCACCACACUUUAUUACUUCGAAUGCAUUACUAUGUAUAGAGCUCAAUGCACAUUAUUUGAUCUAUGUCUACUUAUUAGUUGAACAGAAUGUUCUUCCUCAAUCUAUUGCUGAAAGUAUUUACUUAUUCUCAUCACAACCUUGCGAGAAUAUAUUUAGAAACGCUCGAGCACUUUCAGGUGUUUAUUCAACACGUAUUAAUUUUACUAUCAUGCAGUUUUUAAAGCGUUUAAAUAAACUUAAUGCUCUUACAGAAUUGAAACAUUUUGAAGAAACAAAUACAGAACAAAAAAUAGUUUUUCCUGUUCAUCACAAAAUCAGAAGAUUUAUGGAUAAAAAGGAAUCAAAUAAUAAUACUGGACUUACCAGCUUUAAUACUCAUGAUCUUGAAAAAAUUAUUCUUCAUGCAUAUGAAGUAGCACAAGAGAUGAUCAAUUUUGUUGAUUUGAGUAAUAGUUUAAUAAAAAAUAAUAUGUUUAACAUUGAACAAUCAUCAAAAAUAGCCAAACAGUUGUUACAGUUGAAUUGCUUAACUGAAUCCAAAGUAGUUGAUGUUGAUGGAUCGACGGAUGAGGAAGAAACAAGUGAUGAUGAAGAUUUAGAUACUUAUAAUAAUGAAUUAGCUGAUAUCAUGUAUGAUGGUGAUUUUUCUGAAGACGAAUCAAUCACUACAAAUAGUUUUGAAAAUUUGCAAGGAACAACUUACUCAGGGAUGAGGUUGAAAAAAUCAGUUUCAUCCUCAAAUGUACAUAAAUACUUUCCUGUUAAUAUUCAUGGUGAAACAUUUUAUCUUCAUAAACAAACAGCAACUUGGUAUUUACAAGAGAAACAGCAACGAGUACCAUGUGAUCGCCUUCAACGUGUGCAAACUAAAGCAGUUGAAUAG